GGGGGGAGGGGGGUUGUGUAUGUAUGUAUGUGUGUGUGUGUAUUCUGACCAGCUGAAAAUGGCGGCUCGAAGCGUCGAAUCGUUAUAACUUUAUCGCACAAUAAUAAACAUAACCAUAUACACUGCUGUUAUAACAUAACAUGGGGAUAAACUUUACUGAGAGACAUCAGACGCGCUAACUGGGAAACAUUACUUUCACCACUUCGUCUAAAAGGAGUUAAAACGCAGAGGGAUUAUGGAGGACCCUCAUACACGAUACAGCAAACGCCUGCGUACAGGGACGCGGCGCCGCUACCAGGAUGAUGGAAUUUCAGAUGAUGAAAUCGAAGGGAAACGGAUGUUCGACCUGGACAUGAAGUUGCAGUGCGUCAGGUUUAACUCCGACUUGAUCAAACACAUGGAGGGUAAAGAUUUCACAUUUGAGUACAUCCAGAGGGAAGGGCUCAGGGACCCCAUUGUAUUUGAUACAGCUGAUGGCCUUGGAAUACAAAUGCCAGACUCAGAUUUCAGUGUGAGUGAUGUCAAGUUUUUUGUUGGUAGUCGACGCAUUGUAGACGUGAUGGAUGUCAACACCCAGAAGGGUAUUGAGAUGUCAAUGGCUCAGUGGCGACGCUACUAUGAGACGCCGCCGUCUGAAAGAGAAAAACUUUACAACGUCAUCAGCUUGGAGUUCAGCCACACCAGGCUAGAAAAUCUGGUGAAACGACCGGCUUCGGUGGACCUCAUUGACUGGGUGGACAACAUGUGGCCCCGCCAUCUCAAGGAGAGACAGAGAGACUCUACCAAUGCUAUUAUAGACAUGCAUUAUCCCAAAGUACAGAAGUACUGUCUCAUGAGUGUGCAGGGCUGCUUCACAGAUUUCCACAUUGACUUUGGAGGCACUUCCGUCUGGUACCACAUCCUGCGAGGAGGAAAGGUGUUCUGGCUAAUUCCACCCUCACCACAGAACCUGGAGAUGUAUGAGAACUGGGUUUUAUCAGGAAAACAGGGUGACAUCUUCUUAGGGGAUAAGUGUCACGACUGUCAGAGGAUAGAGCUCAAACAAGGCAACACCUUCAUAAUCCCAUCAGGGUGGAUCCAUGCUGUGUACACCCCAGAAGACACGUUGGUGUUUGGGGGGAAUUUCCUCCACAGCUUUAACAUCCCUAUGCAGCUCAACAUCUACAGCAUUGAGGAUCGCACACGGGUGCCAGCAAAGUUCCGCUAUCCGUUCUACUAUGAGAUGUGCUGGUAUGUCCUGGAGCGAUACCUCUACUGUCAGACCAACAUCUCCCACCUCACUCCAGAGUUCCAGAAAUACUCCCUAGGCAUAGGACUGACCCAGGCUGACCUUGAAGCCAGUGACCACACCAAGAAUGGCACCUCCAAUGGAGUUAACAGUGACACAGAAAUCAAGGAGGUCAUUGUCAAGGAAGAAGAAGAAAUCAAAGAAGAAGAGGCAGCUCAAGUUAGCACACCUCAGCACAUGCUGACUCCCUUUGAGCUGGAAGGACUGUGGAACCUGUUAGGGAAGCUCGAGGAGCUGCCGGAGCAGAAGAAGUGUGUCCCUACAGGCAUCAUGAACCCUACAGCCCUGCUCGAAGACAUGAGGACUCUUCUGAAACAGCAUGCCAAUGAUAACCCUAAGCUGUCCUACACUGGAGAGCCCAUUGUCAAGUGGCCUAAAAGACCGUCAUGGUACCAGCCCCCCACUCCCCUUCCUCUAGCCGUCUUUACCCGUCCCCGCUUGGGCCCUACCCUACACAAGCCUCUGGGUCAGAGGUCCACCAAACGGUCCUCCAUCUCUGCUCUGAGGCGCAGACGGGUGAGGUGCAAGCGUUGUGCUGGCUGCUGCAGGAAGGAGUGCGGCACCUGCCAGUACUGCCACGACAUGAGGAAGUUUGGUGGGCCUGGACGCAUGAAAAAGGGCUGUAUCAUGAGACAGUGUCUAACGCCUGCCCUGCCGAACACAGCGCGAUGUGCUAUAUGUGGAGAAGGGGAAUCGGAUGAAUCAAAUCCGAGCACUCACUCACUCAUGGAGUGCUCUGUGUGCUCACAGAUUGUCCAUCGUCAAUGCAUUAAGGAAUCUGGUGAGGGGAAGGUCAAUAAAGAUUUGCCUAGCUGCUGGGAAUGUCCCAAAUGUUACAGAGGCAAAGACUCAGCAUCAGAGUCUUCCAGCGAUGAGGAAAGUGAAGAGUCGGAGGGCUCAACCUCCUUGCCACCGUCCAAACUUGCCUACCGGGAAGGCAUUGGUGUGGGUGACGGGAUGAGACAAGGGAGACGUAGCAGAUCCUCAGUACGACCCUCGGCACCACCACCUUCUCAGAAACUGCUACUGCAGCAUCAACAAAACCGCAAAAGAGCAAAUGCACUGGAGCUCAAACUUAAGAAGAGGAUAAAACUAGAGCGCAGCAAAAUCUUAACGAAACAGUCUGUAGAGCGUUCUCCCAGGCUGUUGGGCUCCAGGGUGAUGUCCCGCCUGCGCUCUGCUACCAGCAGACAAUCUCAGGGCAGAGGUCGGGGCUCCACCUGGACGAGUGGCUCCUCUUACCACAUUUCUUCAGGAGGGACUGGGUCUUUCCAGCAACAGCAGUCUUCCGUCGGUCUGGUACUUGAGCCCAAGGGAGAGUCCCGCAGAGGGAGGGGGAGAGGGGUGAGGCUGCGGGGAGGAGGAGCAGGAAGAGGAAUCCGAGGUGGUAGAAGCCAUGAAGAUUUGGAGGGGGAGAGUGAGUAUAGUAGCAGCACUAACAGCAGCAGCAGCAGCAGCAGCAGCAGCAGCAGCAGCGACGACGAUGACCAGGAAGAGGAGAUGGGGCAGAACAGUGGGAGAGGAUUGGAUAAAGAAAACCAGCCACAGUCAAGGCGAGGAGGACGGGCAGCCAAAGAGAGAGAAGAGAAAGUGUGCGAGGUGGCCAACCAAAAUGGUGCGGAGGAGGAGGUUGAGGAGGAGGAGAUUGAGCAGGACAGUGAAACGGGGGGCAAAGAUGGCUCACAUCUUAAAGUGACACUCCAAAGGCCAACCAGAGCCAAGCGGGACCCAUCAGCCAUUGUUCCCAAAUUAGAAGCAAUCACCCCUCAAACUGCCACUUCCACAAUACACAACCAGACCAGAGCCCUCGUCAGACCCCCCAUUAGAAAUCGCAGCCCCCCUGAUCAGCACUUCAAUAGACACACUCUUCCACACACUCGUAGUGGACACACUCACACCUCCCACCCAGAGAAGCUGGAGGACUCUAAAAAAACAAGGUUUAGCAGGCCAGCUAAACUGAGCAAUGGCGCCUCUUCUUCUUCUUCAACCUCAGAGCUUCCCCAUCUUCGCAUCCCUCUGUCUGCCCUGCAGGAAGGAGGAAGCGAGGCAGACAGGGAGAAUAGUGGGAGCGGGCCAGGCUGUGAGAGGGAGGUGUGGGUAUCCGUCUUCUGUUACUUAAGUCGAGCAGAUCUCUGCGUCUGCAUGGCCGUCUGCAAGAACUGGUACAAAUGGUGUUUAGACAAGCGGCUUUGGUCCCGGAUUGACCUGAGCGUCAAACGCACCGUUACUCCUCAGGCCCUAACAGGCAUCAUAAAGAGACAGCCGGUCACGCUCGAUCUCUCUUGGACCAACAUCUCUAAAAAACAGCUCAACUGGCUUGUUGGCCGCCUGCCUGGACUGAAGGAUCUGAUGGUGGCAGGUUGUUCCUGGUCAUCUAUUUCAGCUCUCUGCUCCUCUGGUUGCCCUCUCCUCCGUUCUCUGGACCUGCGGUACGCAGAUGGGGUCAAAGACUCUCAGAUCAGGGAUCUAGUCACCCCUCCAGGUUGUGACAAUCGCAGUCAGUUACGGACAAUGCAGUGUUUGCGGCUAGCAGGCCUGGACAUUAGUGACUCCACUCUGCGCCUGGUGAUUCGCCACAUGCCCCAUUUAACAAAACUGGACCUCUCCCACUGCAACAGCCUCACCGACCACUCCGUCAACCUGCUGACUGCAGUGGGCUCAUCCACCCGAAACACGCUCACUGAACUCAACCUGGGAGGUUGCAGUAAACUGACAGACCUGUGUCUCAAGUAUCUCCGCCGCCUCUCUUGCAUCUCACUGCUCGACCUGCGAGGCUCUAAAGGUGUCUCCCGCAAGGCCUGUGAGGCCUUCAUCUCUGAGCUGUCAGUCAACACGCUCUACUGCCUAUCAGAUGAAAAGCUGAUCCAGAGGAUAUCCUAAGCGCCUGUAAAGGCAAACAAGUGGAUCCUGAUGUGAAUCUGUGUGUCAUAAAGUGCACCGACAGGAGGGGAUGUUCACAUACACCUGUACCACGUUAGAGGAGAGGUGGGGUUUAAACUGGUGAAAGGGGUUGUCACAGCUGGAACAAUGUUUCUUUUCAACGUUAUACACAUUUUUUUCCCUGUGUACCUCAAGAAGAGACUCUGCUUUCUUUUUUUUCAGUUGUUUUGGGAAGUGAUGUGGUGUGGGAAAAGCAAAAGAACCUUUUUGCCAGAAAUGGGAGAGCAUGGGCAAUUAAUUAUCUGUAUUAGACUGCAAAUCCUUUGUGCUCAACUUGCGACACAGACGCGUAUCUUGAUCCAAUCACAAACUCUUUCCUUGAGAAAGACUUAAGUUUCAUCUUUGGGGUACAACUGCAUCGUUAUGUUUGGCUGAUCUUCAUAAAGUCUUAUUUAUCAUGUGAUUUAUCAUUUUAACUCCUUUGAUAUCAGCUACAUGUGGGUGCUCUAAAUAGAUGUAUAUUUUUUGGUCAGAUUCAAGAGAGCAAAUGUUUAGAAGUUGGAUGUCUGCUUUAUGCACAACUAUGCGUUGAGAUUUAUUUUUUAUUUUUAAGGUGACAGGUCUUUACAUCAUGACUUUUAAAGUGAGUGGAAUGGCCUGUGUUAACCAGUUGUAAACAGUGUACAUGGACAUUGAGUGGAUGUGGUUGUAUAAAAGGGUAGAAAGACAGUGUGAAAAGGCAAUCGACAUGGCAACAACACCUCACCCCAACAAAGGGCAAGUUGCAUUUAGUGUUUGGGGUAAGCUAAGGGAUAGGUGUCAGAUAAAUGGUGCAUUUUCAAACAACCGUUAGACUUCAGGUGCUAUUAUUUCCAAAUUUUCACUUUCUUUUUUUGUACAGACUAGAAACAACAUUUAGAGUAAAGAUGUUAAUAUUCUAGAUGAACCUGCUCCCCACCCCUCUUUGAUACACUUUUUUUUUCUUUUCAUUGACGAAACAUGUAUCUACUUUAUACUGAAUUUCAUGACCUUGUCCAAUUCUGUAGAAAUGUACGAUCUUGUUUUGGGGCUGGGGUCGCGCAUUUGUUUGCUCACUUAAAAGUGUAACGUUAGUGGUUCAGUAUCAAAGGUCUCCUUCCAGACUGCUCUCCUGGCCAUAUCCCUUAAAAAUGAAUAUAAGUAUAGGAAAAACAUACUUUUGUGUAAAUGUGGUAUCCUCUUUUCGGUUGUCAAAACAGGAGUCCUGUAGCAUUGUAAUUAUUUUCAGAAGCCUUUUUCACUUUAUGUUAUUUGUGUUAUUUUUCAAGAAAAAUAAAAAAAAUGAUAAACAAUGG